GUUCUUGAGAAGGAUGAUCACCUACACGUAUAUGAGGAAUAUCUUUUUGGGUGUGAUGAUGGUGGUGGUCGUUAUGUUGAUCAGCGUGGAGCACAGCGGUGUGCUCGCCCCUACCAACCCUUAUUACACUAGCAGCUCACGCAACACAAUCGACGAUCAUUCCUACGAUAACCAGUCCUCCGACUACCAGACAAGGGACGAGGGUUUAAACCUUGCCAUGGACGAUGAGAUGAUCACUCCACACCAAGGAAAAACGUCUUCGGGCAUCCCGAGUUGCCAAUGCAAAAUGAGAAUAUUUAAUGGUGGACGACAAAUAGUACGCCACCUGGACUUAAUGAUAUCUUGGCUCAACAAGACCACCAAGGAACAACUGGCCAACACUCACCCGAACUUUCCCGUAGACUUCUUGUACCAGAUGAGCAUGAAGCCAAGCUGUCACUUGUUACCAUCACCCCUCAACAUAGAGUGGAGGAAUAUGCACUGGCAGGAGGCGAUGAUCAACGGAACCAAAAUCUACCUUUACUCUGCUUUCUACGACCCCAUGCCAGGCAGACAGCCGUGUGUGAGGGUGCUGGGCGUCACCAGGGCCACACACCCUCCUCCAUGCUGGUGUCAACUGUGGUUCUCCCAACAAGGACCUCCUGUAGUGUCCAGUGUCACCUCCUACGACUACCUGGACUGGCAGUACAGAAACAGCGGACGACAGAUGACCUUCUUGUUUACCUGUCCGCUACCAGCAAAGGUGCGCCACCUCCAACCUGCCGCUGUCUCCCUCGUCCACCAGCCCUGCCACCCUGCCACCACCCUUCUCCAGGUCGUGGGUGCCAAGGAACGAGAAUCGACAGCUUAUCUUCCUGACCACAAUCUUACGAAUCCCGACAGAGUAUCCAAAGUGAAGUGGGUACCUGCUGUGUGUGGACCUGCUCUCUAUUACUACCACAAUGAUUUCUCCAAGCGCCUGGUGGAGUGGUUGGAAUUCCUGAGGGCUGAGGGCUUCGGCAGGGUGUUCCUCUAUGCCACCGACGUCCAUCCUAACAUAACUAAGGUCCUUAACUACUACAAGAAGGAAGGAUUUAUUCACCUGACGGAUUAUUCUUAUCCUCCGCCGUAUAUUAAUGAACCAAGUAUACGCAGGUUAUGGACGGAAGUAGAGCGGAAGAAAAUGUUCGCCCAGGAGAAUAUAUACUUCACAGACUGUCUCCUCCGACACAUGCAUCAAUACCGCUUCAUCGCCCACUUUGACCCCGACGAGAUACCCAUCUUGCCCCACCACGACAACUUUAUCCACUUCCUCCACCACCUGUUGACUGGACCAGAACAGACUAAGGCGCGCAGGAAGACCGGUAAGAGGCCUGCGUCAUACAGCCUCUCGUGGAAAUACUUCUAUGAGGACCUAGAAUCUCAGAGCGAGUCCGCUAAGCUGCCGGAGUACCUGUGGGCGCUGAGGCACUCUCGUUGGGUCGUUAGGGACACCACUAAAAGCAAGAAGAAGCCUCUUUAUGAUAUGGACAUUGCCAGGGCUGGCUUCUCCCACGGUGUCAUCCUGUGUACUACAGGGCAGUGUAGAUUCACGGGUAAGUACAACAUCCCUGAUAGCGUCGCUUACCUGGGCCACUUCAGGGAAGGGGCGACGUGUGGACAGAGGUGCAAGUCAGCCAGCAGCACGAGGGAGGAGGUGUUCCUACACAGGUACCGGGAGCCAGUGUCCAAGGCUGUGACCAGUGUGCUUAAGGCGCUUGAACUUAUAUAGUAAAGAGUAUGUCUGUGCCACACUACAGUAAGGUGCCACACUACAGUAAGGUGCCACACUACAGUAAGGUGCCACACUACAGUAAGGUGCCACGCUACAGUAAGGUGCCACGCUACAGGAAGGUGCCACACUCCAGGAAGGUGCCACACUACAGGAAGCUGAGACACUACAGGAUGGUGCCACACUUCAGUAAGAUGUGAUAGUAUUUUUUUCCAAUAUGUACACAUUAUUUUACUUAAAUGUCUAUUGUGUAAUAAUAAA